AUGUCGCGACAAAUUGGACCAUCGAUGACCGCAACGGUAACCCUGGAAAACCCAUCUCCAUCGCCGUCUCCUUCGCAACAAGCCCCCCCUCAAACCCUAGUUUUAACACUCAAUCGCAAGAAGAAGAAGGUUUCGUGGAAAGAAGGCACCGUGGACAACGAGUUUCUUCAGAAGAAAAGCUCCAAGAAAUGCUGUAUUUUCCACAAGGACAAGCCUUUUGACGAGGAUUCCAGCGAUGAUGAUGAGGCGGAUCAUGAUCAUUGUCAUGAUCACGGUGAUAAGGACCACGCCUGUUCUUCGAAAAGUUCGGAUUGA